AUGUCUGAUCAUCAAUACCAAUUCAACGUUAAAAUGUCCUGUUCAGGUUGUUCAAAUGCUGUUAAUAAAGCAUUAUCAAGAAAAGAAGAAAAUUCCAAAAUUGACAUCUCAUUAGAAAAUCAAUUGGUUGAUGUUACUUCAAGCUUACCAUAUGAAGAUGUUUUAGCCACAAUUCAAAAAACUGGUAAAGAAGUUAUCAGUGGUAAAACAAUUGCCUAG